UCGUCAUCGCUCGGUGGCUGAUACUUUUUCCCGGAAGUAGGCGCACGAGCUGAACAAAAGAUAGGACUUUCCGGACGCUUUUCCCCUGCAAAUCCAUUGCCCCGGAUACCGGUAACGGUGUGUAACAAAGUGUAACAAUGACAAGUCAAAGGUGUUUGGCCAAAGGGAGCUCUGCCCCCGGACCGGUACCAGAGGGCCAAAUCCGCCUGUACAGCAUGAGGUUCUGCCCCUUUGCCCAGAGAACCCGACUGGUGCUGAACGCCAAAGGCAUCAAACACCAGAUUGUCAACAUCAACCUGAGGGACAAACCCGAAUGGUUUCUGAAGAAAAUCCCCCAAGGUCUCGUCCCCAUCCUGGAGACCACAGCGGAGGAGCUGAUAUGGGAGUCUCCCAUUGCCUGCGAAUACCUGGAUGAUGUGUACCCCGGCAGGAAGCUGCUUCCGUCCACUCCGUUGGAAAAAGCCCAGCAGAAGAUGCUGCUGGAGAAGUUCUCCAAGAUCCCUCCGUCCACCUACAAGAUCGCUCUGGGCAGACACAAGGGUGAAGAUGUUUCCGGGCUAGUUGAUGAACUCAGAGAGAAGUUUGGCCAAUUAAAUGAGGAUCUGGCAAAGAAGAAGAGCAAGUUCUUUGGUGGUGAUUCUAUCACCAUGAUCGAUUAUAUGAUGUGGCCGUGGUUUGAGAGGCUGGAGGUCUUCAAGGUGAAAGAUUGCUUAGACGGUGCACCUGAGCUGAAGAUGUGGGUGGAGCACAUGUCAGAGGACCCGGUCGUCCAAGCCAGCGGGCACAGCGUGGACACCUACCAAGCCUACUACCAGACCUACCUGGAGGCCAAACCCGACUUUGACUAUGGGCUGUAGAUAACCCGAACCACCACGCAGCUUUUCUUUCUUUUUAUACAUGUGCUGCUGAGUCAUUCUAGUUGGGGGGGGGGGCGUUUUUCCUGCUUCUGAAUGUUGUUGUACUCAAUUCUUUGGGGAUCUGUCAUCAUCUUCAACACACGCUCUUCCCUCAACACAGCAGGUGGAAGUGUCAGUUUGUGGGUGUGGUUCUGCAAUUGUACAAUGCAAAAUAAACAGGAGCUGUAUAGCUCGAUGCCAAUGCCAUCAAAUAUGAAAGGAGAAAGCACAGCAUUCAACAUAUGUUCAUUCCAGCCAACGGUUAACAGUCAAGGCAAACAUGCAUGCUAAGCUCUGGGGCGCAUUAUAAGGCUUAUGCUGCCAUCUAGUGGUGGAAAGGAUGAACAGCGGCAUGACUUGAACUCUUGAACGAAGGAGCGAGGAUCCAUUUUGGGUAGCAACUCUGAACUGCGUGAUGAGGGGCGGAGCUUAACACGAUUGCUGGAUGAAAUGUAGUCCAUGUGAAUAAUGAGAACCGGAAGUGUCCUUAUAUGGUCUCCAACGAAUUCAGUCAUCUUGAAGUGACGGCCUUUUUUACAACUCCUUGUACAAAAAUAAACCUACAUGAAAAAAACAACUCCUCUAAACUAGCUUAACUAAUAGCAGUAACUUUCAUUGGUUGUUUAUAAAUGCUGUACAUAGUACAAAAAGCACAUACUGGGACGAAAUACCUAAUAUGGUCAUACUUAAAACAGUUAACCAUGGUUCCCACCGACUAGCAUAACUCCUCCUCGGCAGCCCGAAAGGCGACUGAGAAGAGCGCGCCAUGAUGGCAGGAAGUGACAUCACAACAACGUCAAAGUUCAAACAAAAUAACUGACGUCGCAUAUAGCGACAAAAACAUACAUGAAAUGAAUUUUUGGUGACAUUAAAUAAACUAAAUUAACACAUCGGUUACACUUGUAUCAGCGGUUCCCCUCGGAUUGUCUGAGGCUGUGGUGGUCUGCCCGGGACCCGUAUUGGUACUGUAUCAGUGAGGCUGUGGUGGUCUGCCCGGGACCCGUAUUGGUACUGUAUCAGUGAGGCUGUGGUGGUCUGCCCGGGACCCGUA